AUGAUAGCGUUUUUGACAUCCUUAAUAUCAAAAAGCAUCAUAUAUGUAAAUUUAAAGCUGGAGCACUAUGAACAAUUUUAAUUCCAAGAUAUUCAAAUCGAUUCUGUUAUUUUUCUCAAUAUUGGCAAGUGCACGGGGAAGAGUUGUACCCAAAAUAGUAAACGGCAGAAAAGCUGAGCCCGGUGAAUUCCCAUCUAUAGUUGCCCUUCGUUAUCGAAUCUUUGAAAAACACUUUUGCGGGGGCACACUCAUAGAUACAACACAUGUGGUAACUGCUGCUCAUUGCUUUCAACUAAUUCCAAUACUGCCGGUGCAUGCCAUGCUGAUUGAAGUUAUCGCAAGUGAUCUACGAAUGGAUCAGCACAACACAAGCCCAGCUCGACAAGCGAUUUCACUGAAGAAAAUUUCCAUUCAUCCUAACUAUGAUACGAAGACCUUUAAAAAUGAUUUGGCUGUUCUGACGCUUUCAAAACCCAUAACGCCAUCAAAACUUGUGAAGGAAAUCAAGCAGGCAAAAGAAAGUCCUAAAGUUGGAGAACGAUGUAUAACAGCAGGCUGGGGUGCAAUAAAGGAGGGUGGCCCAUUGAGCAUAGAUCUCCUUGCAACCGAAAUUAUUGUUUACGAAAAGGAAAAGUGUGCUAUUAGAGCGCCGAAUUCUACCGAAGCGGUUGUUCCUGACGAGACACAAAUUUGUGCAGGAGAUUUAACAGGCAGAAAUGAUUCCUGCCAGGGCGAUUCGGGGGGUCCUCUAUACUGCAAAAAUAUGCUCUCCGGGAUUGUCUCGUAUGGACGCGGUUGUGCCAGGCCUGAUUCCGCUGGAGUAUAUACGGAUGUCUCAAAACAAAAAGAUUGGAUAAUAAAAUUGGCUGCAGACGGCGAUAAACAAGAUUUAUUGAGCAAAGUAUUCAGUUUCAUUCAAGGAUUGCUGUUUUCAAAUGGCUGUCAUCUGCGUUUUCCAACAGCUCUGAUUGCAACAAUGUCAAAUGUUUAUCUUACAACCCUGAGAUUAUGAAAGAAAUGGUUCCCGUACUGAAUACGUAAAGUUUUUCCUUUUGUAUCCAGGCGUUUAUUUCUGAUAUCACUUGUAUAUUCUUAUUAACAUGGAGAUGAUAAACCGCUAUAUGAUUGGAAAAUA